UGUUGCAACACCCUUAUCUUAUUGAAGCUAAAGAUCAAAACUUUGAAGAAGAAGAAGAAGAAGAAGAAAGGCAAUGGCUGUUUCUGUUUCAUGGUUCCACGCCCAUUUUCUGAAUGUUUCAAAAUCCAACAUUUCUUGGAAGCCUGUAGCAGUCCUCAGCAGCAGAGGCAAGAAGAUGGGGGUCUCUUACGAUCUGAAGCAAGGGCAGUCACGUGUUUUCCACGAGCUUCCUUCGGGUCUGAGCAUGGAAGUGAUUGUGCAGAAGGGUGUUACAGAAAAGGAGCUAGAGAAGAAAAAAGAACAAACCCCUUUGGUAUUUGUUCAUGGAAGCUACCAUGCUGCUUGGUGCUGGGCUGAACACUGGUUCCCUUUCUUUUCAGCUUCUGGCUAUGAUUGCUAUGCUCUUAGCUUGUUAGGACAGGGUGAAAGUGAUGCACCUGCUGAUUCAGUUGCUGGUACACUUCAGACACAUGCAAGAGAUGUUGCAGAUUUCAUCUAUCAAAAUAUCAGGUCACCACCUGUCUUGUUCGGACAUUCAUUUGGAGGGCUUAUUAUUCAGUAUUAUAUUUCCAAUUUAGGAAGUGACAAACACAUAGGUACAGAACCUUUGUACCCGAAGCUUAGAGGAGCUGUCCUUGUUUGCUCUGUCCCUCCUUCCGGUAAUAGUGGGCUAGUGUGGAGAUAUCUCUUUUCCAAGCCAAUUGCUGCCUUCAAGGUUACACGCAGCUUGGCAGCAAAAGCUUUUCAAAGCUCUCUUUCUCUUUGUAAGGAGACAUUUUUCUCAGCCACAAUGGAGGAUCAUGUUGUUAAAAGAUAUCAAGAGCUAAUGAAAGAAAGUUCCAGGAUGCCAUUGUUUGAUUUAAGAAAGCUGAAUGCAUCACUUCCAGUUCCUUCAGUGCCAAACUGCCCUAUUGAAAUUCUUGUUUUGGGUGCAAACGAUGACUUCAUUGUGGAUGCAGAGGGACUUAAGGAAACAGCUAAGUUUUAUGGUGUGUCACCAGUAUGUGUUGAAGCAGUUGCCCAUGAUAUGAUGUUGGACAUUUCGUGGGAGAAAGGUGCAAAAGUUAUUCUUUCAUGGCUAAAUGGUUUAGAAAAGUAAGAAGCAGGAAAUAGCAGGAGAAAUCUUUUUGGUUCAUUCUCUCAUUUUGGUAGAGAGUACAUGCUUUUCUGUAUGGCUUCAAAUCAUUACUAAUGAUGUAGAAGGUGCUCCAAGCUUCAAGUUGAGGCAAUAGAGGAAGGUCCAAGCAAGAAUGUGAUUGAGCUGUGUAAUACAGUGAUCCAAGUUUCACCAUUCAUUAAAAUAUUUGCACCUUUAUGUACAUUUGAGAUCAAGCAUGAAAUCUCAC